CUUCAACGCCACUAGCGAUGCUCAUCGCAACCCCCGUAGCCGCGAAAUACUAGAUUAUUUUCUUAAAAAGGCGUCCCACGAGUCGCAACUGCAGCUCAUCACGAGGGCGAGCACAUUCCCCUGCAACCCGUCGAUGAGUGAAUGGUUGAGUCGGAUCCUGGAUAGGCUAGCACCUAACCCUCAAAACCUCGCUUGUGUUUUGCGAUGCUUGGGCUCGUCACGCAUACCUAAUAUCGUGUUCCGUCGUAUGCAGGCGCCAUCGCUGUCGUGGGGUGAAGAUGGAGAAGUCGCCGAGACUAGUCCGCCGAUCAAUACGGUUGCCGACGAGGGCAAGCUAAUGCCUGCUCUUCAACGCCUAGAACAUGUUGGGUUCGUACGAGUGUCAGAGGAGACGGUAGAUCUUGAGCGUCAUAUUUCAGAACUGUUACGCGCACGUUUGGAGCGGACUAGAUGGAUUGCUGAGGCUAUCCGGAUUAUGGCACAUUCGUUUCCCAAGUAUCCACCACUCCCACCCGAGAAUCAUGAUAAUUUUUCUCAUCCUGUAACUGAGGAACCAACGAAAUCUAACUAUGCCGGUCAUUGCGAGGCCCUCCAGCGUCAAUUGGAGAGUGUCUUCUCCUAUCUGGGCCCCCUGCAGCUCGAGACGUUAGUGGAUGGGUCAUGUCUUGUGCAGUUAGUUGAGACAUGCUUGUCCACUUCGUAUUUCGGUAAGAAAUCGUGGAAAUACGCUGCGAUGGAAAUUGCUGCUCGGGCCGUGAAGGGGGCGGAAGGGUUGCCAUACGGCGCGGUCCUGGAGGCUAGGGUCCAGAUAAGGAGAGCAACCUUGGCUGACCUAUACGAUGAGGCGAAUCAGUCACACGAGGCUAUAUCAUUCCCUAUAUCUGAUCAUCGUUCCAACGCAUUCUCAGCUGACCUUGUAAUCCUGAAGGCCCGAGGUUGCAUCCGUCUCAAUGCAUUAACAUCUGCGCUAAGUUAUCUGGCAUCAUUUAAGUCUUCGUGGGGUGGGGUGGUGUCGUCCUUGGGGUUGGUACAGGAACGUAAGGUAGCAUUAAUGCGUGCUAGAAUCCUUCGAUUUGGAGGCCGAUUUCAAGAAAGCUACAAUCUCCUGAGAUCGUUACGGCUCACCGACAAUAAGGUAGUGUCGCUUCUUGGCACAGUACUAUGUGAACUCCAGAGGUGCGAGGAAGGGAUCGAGCUAUUGGAUGCUCAGGUCAAGAAUAGAACGGAUUCGAGAGGCAUAAAACGAGUGAAGAUUGCUCUAGGAAAUGCAUACCUCAUCUGGUCCAUGCAGAAGUCAUUACAGGGACUUCCGUUAGACUGGCGCUCGCUACAGAUAGCCCAAGACAUUUUUCAAGAACUGGCUCGUUCUGUGGCGGUAGCUACGUACUUUGACAAAAUCGACCACCUAUCUAUCUUAUUUGGGCUUGCUAUCAUUCAUCAUAUGAACGGGCGGGUGGAUUCCGCGUUAGCCGCGUGGGAAAAAGCCCUCACUACCUCACGGGGGUAUCUCGAUACCGGCUAUACCGAUAUGAUCAUCUCCUACUCCAACAGCGAGCUGGAAGCUAGACGAGGUGCCAUGGCUCAAGCAGAUGCCCAGGGGAGUUACGCGGAAACGCUAUUUGCUAGGACGGACCGACAAUAUCACUUUGCAGGUCUCGGAUCCGCCUGGCCCGAUCUCAUCAGUAAGUGGUUAAUCUCACAUGGCCGAAAAGCGAUAAUUCAUCCUUAGUAUCACGGCUAGGGCGUUAUCUAUUAAGCAGCGUGAUAGGUACCCAAUAGCAGAGCCUGAUUGCACGAGGACAAUAGUGAGCUCGGGAUGGCCGGCAUACGUGUCGAUAUGACUUAUUCAAUAUAGAUUAGGUAGACAGACACCUAAUAUCUAGUUUAUACCUAGG